AUGGUUUUCUUUUUUACCAGCAACGUCGUCGAUCCACCCUAUACUAUUUAUAUGGGUCGGGAUAAAUAUGAAAAUAAUGAAUUGUUGAAAUACUGUUGGCCGGAAGAUGUUUGGUUUCAUGUCAGUAAAUUAUCGUCUGCACAUGUUUAUUUACGACUUCACAAAGGUCAAACAGUCGACGAUAUUCCGGCGGAAGCUUUACAAGACUGCUGUCAAUUAGUGAAGGCAAACAGUAUUGAAGGUUGUAAAUUGAAUAAAGUCGACAUUGUCUAUACACCUGUGGGUAAUCUUCGUCAAACGAAUGAUAUGGAUGUUGGUCAAGUUGGAUUUCAUGUUGAUAAACAUGUUAAGCAAUAUGUUGUGGAUAAGAAACAAAAUGAAAUUGUAAAUCGGUUGAAUAAGACGAAGACGGAAAUUCCAACCGAAGAAUUUAUUAGUCAACGGGAACAACGAGAUAAUCAAGAGCGCGACGAGAAAAAACGGCUGAUGAGAGAACAAAAACAACGAGAUAAAGAAGAAGAAAAACGUCGACAAGAAUCAGCAGAAUUAAAAAACUAUUCAUCACUUAUGAGUACGGAUAAAAUGCGAUCGAAUAAGGAUGGCAACGAAUCGGAUGAAUUCAUGUCGGUUUUGUUUGAGUAUGACAACGAAUCAUAUUCCAUUGACAUUAUUUGUCAAACGUGUGUUGACAAACAUCAAGUUAAACUUCAUGAAACGUUGAAAGAACAGUGGAAUUUGUGUAAAACAAAGUUUGAAGAUUUAUGCCAAAUAGCAGACACAUAUGAUAAAGAUGCGAUCAAUUACGAGAAUGAAAUCGACCAAAUCCGCACAGUGAUCGAUCAACGACGAUCGGAUUUGAUACAUUUAGUUGAGAAUGAGAAAAAUAAUUUACUUAGUAAAAUAGAUGAAUAUAUCCAGUCUAAUUUCGCAAAUGUUCAACAUAUAGAUCUUCAACAGUUGUAUGAUUCCAUAAAUCAACGCUUAAUUGAUGUCUUUCAAAAUCCCAGUGCAUCAUUUAGCACCGACGAUUUUCUAAUGGAAAUCAAUUAUUUCAAUAUGUUAAUCUCGAAUCGAGAAAAACAAAUCCAAACAUUUUCACUAAAAUAUCCUUAUUUGUCCCCACCGAAAUCACUCAGUAUAUCCGAUGUGUUCGGUGAAUUACAAUGGACUUCUAAAGCAAUGUCGAAUUCAAUGUUGACGAAACCAUCGGUUGCUACUAGUCGAUUAAUGCAUGAACACAUUCUCGGUGAGGCCAAAGGUGGUUCACAAGAACAUUCAACAACUAUACCAGACGAUUCCAUCUCAUUAUCAUCUACAUCAUCAUUAUCAUUGCCUGUCAUGCAAAGACAAAAGCAAUGGACAACAGAUGCAGCAGGCGUACCUCAUUUUCUCUGUAUACUUUCCAAGAAGAAUCAUCUUCUCUUCGCUUGUGAUAAAUUUGGCUCGAUCGAUUUAUAUCAACUUGAUAGUACUAACUCGAAGAAUGCUCCACGUCAUCUACGUCAUUUCGAGCUCUUUCCUGGCAAUACGACGAACAAACAACCGCAGAUCAUUGAAACAUUUACAGUUUAUACGCCAUUCAUUGUAGUCGCCGCCCAUUUGAGUGAUCAGACAGAUACGAGUUCGAUCUACUUUUUCGAUCACCGUGGUUGUCAGCAGGGAGAAACAUGUCUACAAAACUUUCCUGUUCGACAACUUUCAGCUGAUGUUGGUUUCCGAUGUCUGUGGGGAGUGGAUCGACAUCAACAUUUAGUUUAUUAUAAUCAAUUACCGAUCAAUGUGCAACAGAUUGGAGAUUUUAUGAAACAACGUGAAGAAUUUCUUAAAUUCGGCCGAGAAUUUGAACCGAUUAGAAUAGCUCAAAACCAAACAUCAGUUGCGAUCGUCGAACGAAACUCUCAAAGUGCGCACAUAUUUGAUAAACAAACCAAGAAACAAAUCAACGAAGUAGAAAAUCUUUUACGCACCAAAGGAAUCUUUCGACUCUGGAAUGCUUUAAUUCGUGAUGACAACUCCAUGGUGCUUAAAUUAGAUGAAGAUUUACCUCCAAAUAGUCGUCCUCCUUCGAUAAAUCAUCUUAUCCUCGAAUUAGAUCCCACUGGUGCAUCGAUUUCACAGAUCGAACGUACAUCGGUCUUUGGAUUCGUUAUUGGACCAAACGAUGAAAUUCUCUUGGGCUGCAAACGAUACCAACAAAAUGGUUUAAUUGAAUGUUAUAUUUAA